AUGGAGUCUGGUGUUUAUUGGCUGCUCCUGCCUCAGGAAUUGUUGUAUGUGGUCCUCACAGAAUCCAGGAAGGGGUGUGUCUCCACAGGAGACUCUGUUGUUCUGCUGUUCUGCUGCUGUUAUGCACGGUUUCAUGGGAUCUCUGUUUACCGGUUGUUGACCCGGUACUGGACCAUCAUCCGGCUCCAAGACCUCUCCACCCCGCUGCUCGGACUGGUUGACGGGAUCAGCGGAGACCAUCGGGAGCGGCUUUUGGGAUGCGGGCCCUACCGGCAGUUGUCGUCGGCCCGGGAAUUCAUAAGGACGGCUGAGCGCAGGCUAAUAGACUCGUGUGCAGGCGAGCUGUAUGCUCUCUCAUUUCCUGACGGCCUGCCUGCUCAGUCGUGGCUUGGUGGUCGAGCCCUGGUGGUGGUCCCUUUGAUGGUGUGCGUGUGCUCCAGAGUCACUUCACCCCCCGAAUGCAUGCACAAAACCACCAAUAAAGAAAGGUACAUGUUGUGCAAGAGGAGACUGAUGAUGAUGAAGUUGCUCUUUGCUAUUUGGCUACUUCGGAUUUAUUUGUCAACCACUCACUCCUUAGUUCGCUUGCUUCAGGUGGCACGUGAGGAUCCUGAAUAUAAAUCAGAGGUGCUGGAGGUGAACAGAGAUGAGGCAUCCAGCAGAGAUGUUCCUGUUUUGAAGAGGACAACACUGCCAACUGAGUCCCUCAACGGUGAAGAUUUACUGGCCACAAGUACACCAAGGCAAAGAGUCACCCCAAGGCAAAAAUCCACUGAAGAUCAAGCAUCAGGCAUCGCUGAUGUUUUAAGGAAUAUUGCUGCAAUCACAGAUAUCUGCAAGUCACUGCUGAUAAAAAUGAACAUGAUGGAGGGGAAAAUGCACGCCAUGGAGAAGCUGCUCCAUAAUUUGGCUUCUCGGCAUUCUGAGAGCCAAACUCAAGAUAAUCUGCGCCUGGAGCCUUGUAAAGAUGCGGAGGACUUUACCUUGCUUGACAAUAACUUGCAGGACAAGGCAUAUUUCCAGCAAGCUGUCCGUUUUCUAAGCCUCAUUGGAGGACGGAAGCUGGGUGAAAAUACAAGAAGGACCAUGCUGGCUGUCGCCAGCAAUGCUGUUUGGUGUGGAUACAGCCUGUAUGGGAAGAAGCAGAAAGCCAAGCUGUGUAACCUUAAAAUAUUCAGGCUGAUCAAACGUUCUGUGAAGACCUCGCGUCCAGACUCCACAGAUAAGGACAUAGAGGUGCAAAUAAUGGAAGUCCUUAAGCAUGCUCCCCAGAAAGUCAGAAGAGAGGCUGAAGCACAGCAUCGUGCCACACAAAUGGAGGCCCAUUCUUCUGAGGAGGACUAAGUGAACCUGCACCCUUUCUGUUUUAUUUUUCUCAGUUUUGUUCACAAUUUUUGAUUUUCUAUUUUUAUUUAUAUAUUUUUGAUCUUUUUUUUUGAAGCACCUUGUGAUUUUUAUUUUGAGAGGCGCUAUAAAAAUGUUUUGUUUAAAUUGUGUAUGCAAAUGUCAAACCUUUAUGUAAUAAAAAGCUGAAAAGUCAGUUUAUUGUCCAUCCUUUGUGAAAUUACAUCUGAUCCUGCUGCCUACUAUUCAAUUCAAAAAUACUUGAUUAAUCCCAGAGGGAAAUUGAUUGCUGUAGUAGCUCAGAAUAAUAAUAAUAAUGAAGUCAUCAAAGAGUUAUUGUAUAUUAAUUCAAUUCAAGUUUUUUUAUAUAGCGCCAAAUCAUGACAAGAGUCGUCUCAAGGCCCUUCACAUAAUAAACAUUCCAAUUCAGGUCAGUUCAUUAAGCCAGUCAGAAAUAAUUUUUCCUAUAUAAGGAACCCAGCAAAUUGCAUCAAGUCACUGACUAGUGUCAGUGACUAUACAGCAAUCCUCAUACUAAGCAAGCAUAAAGCGACAGUGGAGAGGAAAACUCCCUUUUAACAGGAAGUAACCUCCAGAGAAUCCCG